AUGCAAGCAAAUAAAAGAACAAGAGUAUACCAUGAAGAAUUUAUUAAUCAAACUACUCUUCAGACAACAGAAAUGCAAGCAAAUAAAAGAACAAAAGUAUAUCAUGAAGGAUUUAUUAGUCAAACUGCUCUCCAGACAAUAGAAAUGCAAGAAGAGGAAGUAGAAAAAUUAAUUGGACCAUCAAUCUUAAUCAAAAAGGAAACAAUCAAUAUCCAAAACCUUCAAAAAAUGAUCCUUCAUUGUCUAACAGAUGAUGUAAAAUCCGAGGAUUGGAUAGAAAUUCGAAAAAAAAGUCAAAUAAAAAGAAUUGUUGUUGUUGGAAUCUCAUCGUUUGGUGGAAGAUUAUUUGGUGUGUCAGGCAAUCCUGUUAAUGAUGAAACCAAGAGAAACCUUUAUGCUUUUAAUAGAAUAUUUGGGGCUAAAUGUGUAAUUAAUCCACGGUUUAGCAAUUUGAAACAGUUUUUAACAGUUGACUUAACCAAUGGAAAUAUCAAAGGAAGGCUUAUCAAGUCCUUUGAAAGAAGUAAAGAAAAAGAUAAGAUUGUAAGAUUGUUAUUAAGAACAGACAACAUGCCCUUUUAUGGAUACAAAGUUCCAGCUUAUCCAGUGAAAGAAAGACAUUUGCCUGAUAAUUGGGUUCAAACUACUCUUGAUUCUACUCCCACUAAUCCCGCUAAUGAAUUCUUGUUUGUAGGAUGCAAAUCAGAACAGUAUUGGGCACAUAUUGUCAUAAUUAACUAUGACCAAGAUGUCAUUUGUAAUGAACAGUUUAAAUUUGAUGGUCCAUCUGCUAGUAAUGAUAUUAGAGGAUUGCAUGAAAUGAAAAGUGUAAAGGAUAUGCAAACCAUUUUAUUGUCUUUUAUCACUAAACAAACAAAAUUAGUUGGUCAUUCCUUAGAAAGAUAUUUAAAAUUAUUAAAAUAUGCACACUCAAAUGUUAUUGACACAUCAACUUUGUAUCAAGAUGGCAGUGGAUUAUAUUCAACUCCAUCAUUAAACAUUCUUAAAAUAAGUUUGCAUAAAUCUUCGCUAGGAAUCGUGAAUACUGCAGAGAAGAAAGCCCGUGCCAUUCAUUCUCUAUAUAAACACAUACUUGAACGAGGCCUUUACGCUAAAAGGCACAAAGAAUCAUUAACCCAUGUUUUAAACAUAAGCAAUAGAUCCACUGCAUUCAUUGAUUAUAAUGACAAGUAUCAAUUAUAUGGUGCCGGUUCAGGUUCUAAUGCAAGCCUUGCUUUAUGUUCCAAUGACGAAGAGGUUGAAGAACAACUCCUUAAAAAAAUUAGAAAACCUAAUUUUGUAUGGGCACAUUUUCGUGAUCUUGAAACAAUUGAUCCAAAUGAAUAUCAAAAUGGCUUAAAAAAUAUCAGUAAUAGAAUAGAUAGAUUAUAUAAUCAAAUACCAACAAACAGUGUUCUAAUGGUCAUUGGUGAACCAAAAAUAAAAAACGAACAUGGAAUCGCUUUUAUUAGAGUUAAAAACUAA